AUGAGCUCACGUUCUCGCCAAAAUACUAUUGAUAAGACUUCACGUUCCAAUAUAAAUCAUAAUGCUACUUAUACUCCAAUGCAAAGAAAAACUUCGAAAAAAUAUGAUCUUGUAAAUCAUGGUAAAGAUUUGAUUUUUCCUUCACACAAACCAAUUCCCGAUAGGCCAAAUGAUGCAGUGCGACAAGGACAUCAAAAGCAACCAAUCAAAAAAUUAGUUAUUAAAGGUCUAAAAGAUAAACCAAAGUUGCCAGCUAAUUAUGAAGAAGAGACAUGGUCAAAGCUACGGGCAGCAGUUCAAGCUAUCUUUAAUUGUCAACGCAUUGGUACUAGUCUUGAAGAACUUUAUAAAGCUUGUGAGAAUCUUUGUUUGCACAAAAUGGCUUCUUCGCUUUAUAAUAGAUUAGCUGGUGAGAUCGAAGAACAUUUAAAAGUGGAAAAAACCAAGCUUGUGAGGGAUAAGGGACUUGAAAUUUUCAAAAAACAAAUUAUGUCAUCGUCAGCAGGUGAUAUAAAAAAGAAGACUAUAAAUGGUUUAAUUGCAUUUAUCAGACGUGAAAGAAACGGCGAUGCCGUCGACCGUCAUCUUUUGCGUUCCCUUAUUCAUAUGUUUAUUGACCUUGGCACUUAUUGUCCUAGUUUUGAAAAUCCAUUUUUGUUGGAAACCCGUAAUUAUUAUCAUCAUGAAGGAUUGCGUCUUAUAAAUGAGUUCACCGUUCCAAGAUAUCUAAAACAUGUAAAGAAACGUUUGAAGGAGGAAAGUGACCGAAUUUCUCAAUACUUGGAUUGGAAAACGAAAAAUCCACUAACGAAAGUGGUGGAUGAUGAAUUAAUAAAGAGACAUGUCGAUGCUCUUUUGGAUAAAGGUUUCAAUGACAUGAUGGAAGACCAACAUGCAGAUGAGCAUAUACAAGAAUUAGGAAGAUUAUACGAUCUUUUAGCUCGAGUCGGCGCUCUUGAUCGUCUGCGUCUUUACUUUGGAAAUUAUAUAAAGAAAACUGGUUCGGGAAUAGUUAACAAUAUUUAUCAUGAGUCGACCAUGGUUGAAGAUUUACUUGCACUGAAGAAAAAAAUGGAUAGUAUUGUCGCCAUAUCAUUUGAUGGAAAUUAUAACUUUGCACAUACUGUAAAAGAGAGUUUUGAGGUGUUCAUCAAUCAACGUCAAAAUAAACCUGCCGAACUUAUUGCUAAAUACGUCGAUUUGAAACUUAAACUUGGCAAUAAGCGUAUGGAUGAUUCAGAAAUCGAAAAAACGUUGGAUGAAGUGCUGGUUUUGUUCAGAUAUAUUCAAGGGAAGGAUAUAUUCGAAGCUUUUUAUAAGCGUGAUCUUGCUAAACGUCUUUUGCUUAACAAAAGUGCAUCAUUCGAUUAUGAGAAGAGCAUGUUGUCUAAAUUGAGAAAAGAAUGUGGACCGGGAUUCACGAGCAAACUAGAGGGCAUGUUUAAAGAUAUUGAUCUUUCUCGGGAUUUUAUGACUUCUUUUUACCACUCGAGAAUUUCAGAAAAUCUAAGAACAAAUAUCAAAAUUGAUCUUUAUGUUAAUGUACUGACCCAAGGAUUUUGGCCUACAUAUACACCAGCGCCCCUCAUCCUGCCACCUGUUAUGGCGGGAUGUCAAGAAGUAUUUAAAGAGUUUUAUCUUAGCAAACAUGGAGGGCGAAAUUUAAAGUGGCAAAAUUCUUUAGGCCAUUGCAUAUUAGCAGCAGAAUUUCAAAAAGGUAAUAAGGAAUUGGUAGUGAGCUUAUUUCAAGCAGUAGUGUUAUUGCAGUUUAAUGACUUGAGGCAAAAAGAAAGAAUCUCAUACGAGCAUAUUAAAGAACAAACGGGAAUUGAGAAAAAAGAGCUUGAUCGUACAUUACAAUCAUUAGCUUGUGGUAAAGUUCGUGUCCUCAAAAAAUAUCCCAAGGGACGUGAUGUGAACACCACUGAUGAAUUUACCGUGGACGAAACUUUCGAUUUCAAAUUUUUCCGUAUUAAAGUCAAUGCUAUUCAAAUGAAAGAAACGUUGGAAGAAAAUCAAGAAACUAACGAGCGAGUCUUCUUGGAUCGUCAAUACCAAGUGGAUGCUGCAUUAGUCCGAAUAAUGAAAAUGCGAAAGACACUUAGUCACAAUGAGUUAAUUUCAGAAUUGUUGUCACAAUUGAAGUUUAAAGCACAGGUUUCAGAUAUUAAGAAACGUGUAGAAUCUCUGAUAGAGCGAGAAUAUUUAGAAAGAGAUACUGAAGAUUCAUCAAUACUUAGAUAUUUGGCUUAA